AGUAAUCUCUGCAAUAAGAUAUGAUAUUGGUCGUUAACAGCUGCCUGACACACUUAUAAAGUACGCCAGUGGCCGUGGACAAGGGAUCAACGCUUUCGCCACAAACUAAAAUAUUCACAUUAUACAAAGAUAAUAGGGAUAUGCUUAAUUAAUAUAUGAGUGAUGUUACGCUCAAGCAGAAGCAUCUCAACUCCUCGGCGCAACAAUCGCUAGUCCAUGUGCCAGCUUCCUCCACCCUUCUGAUCUACAUAUAUUACAUAUGUAUAUGUUUCUCUCUCUGUCUGUGUCUCUCUCUCUCUCUCUCUCUCUCUCUCUGAUCUUCUUGUUUCAUCUCUAUCAUGGGAAGUUGCUUGAGUAGUGAAAUUAGGACUGCAAAACAGGAUAAGAAAGAAGAGCUGCCAAAGGGAGAAGAAGAAGUAGUUGAACAAACAGAAUCAUGUCCUCGACCCGAGUCAGAACCAGUGAAGCUGCUCCAGGCUGAUGGUGCUAAGAAGAAGAUGGUUAGGUUCAAGCUGCAAGAAGACGAUGAUAAUGUCGGUAGAGGAAGUACAGAUCAUGGUGAUUCUAGAAGCGGGGUUGUGAGGAUUAGAGUGGUGGUGACCCUGAAAGAGUUGAAACAGAUACUGAAUUCGGAGAACUUCCAAUAUUCUUCUGUGGAGGAAUUGGUAAGUGCAAUGAAGUUGAAAAGAUCAAGGACUUGUAAAGCUAAAACAAGUGAUGGUGAUAGUUGGAGGCCAGCUUUGGAGAGCAUUCCAGAGGACCAUUGAAGAUCAAUUACUUUGUUUGCUGACAAGUUCUCUCUCUCUCUCUCUCUCUCUCUCUCUCUCUCUCUGUGUGUGAUGGGUUGUAUUGCAAUCUUCAUUGGAUAUGGUGUGGCUAAUUGAUCACCAUAUAUAUAUCAUUGUGCUACUUUUGAGUUAGAUGUAAUGGGAAUAUAUGUAAAUCAUUAAAGG